AAUAGAGACGAGGCGUGUAAGAAAAUGAUGUUUUAAGAAAUAUGUUUCAUGCCAUAUCAUUUCUUUUACUGAAAACAAAUGGACAAACAAACAAGAAAAGCCAAGGAAAAUGCAACCGGGAUACGGAAUCGGCGCAUCUGUGAGGGGAAGGAUCUCACCUCCAGCUAAGAUAAAAAUAAAGCCACGCGUGCCUCUGUUUCUAUAUGUGUAAAAUAAACAAGCGUCACUUAGAGGAACUAUUGAUUCUGUUAUUAAAACAGCCUGUUUGGUUUGCCAGAUCGUAGCAGUUAUUAAUGCAUUAUUAAUUCUAUAUAAGCUUGUCAGAUCCAUUAACCGGGGGAGUAAUUGCUGAGGGAGGGGAGUCAGAACGUGCAUCACGCUGCUCGCUCGGUCUAGGUGGAGAGAAGCGGAGGGAAGCCACGUGGAGCAAUGGAGGCAGCUGUGUAAGGCAGUGUCUGUUUCUGUAUGUGGCCGAAAUGGCCAGGGGUAUUUUUGGCCAAGUUGAUGAGACAGAGAUUGGAAGAGGAAGGUUUCAUACUGAUACUUCAGCCGGCUGGCUGCAGGGUAACCUGCAUUUUGGGCCAUUUUUGGUUAAAUGUAUGAAAGCAAACAUCCACAUAAAGGCUGGAAUGGCUUGUCAAUGACCAGAGGCUCUUCCCGGGAUCUUUUGAGCCCUGGGAACCUGGAGGUACCUGCAGAGCUGAGUGGAUUGCUUCCGUGUCAAGGAAACAAACGGGACUUGUGAGAAGGGGCGGUUUGUGAGGCCCCCGGCUGCAGGCGCUGGAGGUCCUGCCGCCCAGCGGCACGAGCUGCUCUGCCUGCUUUAAGGAGGAGACAGGACUAUUGACUUGGUCCAAUUUGCCUGAACUCCUUGUUUCUCACUGCCCGUGGAUUCCAGUUGCUUUAACACAGGAAAUGGGACCUGCUGGAGGAGACCGUGCUGUCCUCAAAGACAACACUGUUUCCAAGGCAAGGAUACAGCGUGACUGAAACAGUGCCCCACCCACAGGGUGGCUGGCGGGUUGAAAGUCGUGUUCUGUGCAAAGCCUUUGUAAUAGGGCCUAGCCAUACCCAGUGCCAUGCACGUGUUUACCACCAUUGCCUCUCCCUUCUCCCACCUCAUGUUAUCUGUCUGAAAAGUGGGUGUCGUGAGCGACCUCUGGUAUCUGCUGAGGCGGGGUGGUGUUUGGGUGAGGCCAGAGUAGUUGGAGGCUUUGUUUUUUGCAUAAUGGGACCCCCAUUUUCCACUUAACCCAAACCAAAGCAGAAUCAUGCGAGGCCUCAAUGCAGGCAGCCCUGAGGGCGCGAGAAAGUUGAUUUUGUUCCAGGGGCUCCUGGGAGCUGGGCGAUGGGUGACCACGCCAGGAAGCACCUUGACUUGGGUACUUUGCAGAAUCUUCCUCCCAGGGCGCCUCGACUUGCCGCCGUGUGGCAGCUUUGACUCCCAGCCCAGUAACAAACACGUCCAUGAUGCUGUGGACUGACAGAGACCGCAGAGCUGGUCAACGUGAGGAAUGGGGCCCGCACCUCCAAGGCUGGGGGCACGGGAGCAAGCGGGUUACUCAGGCCCACACUAACCGAACUUGUGACUUCUCUCCCUGAGUCAAGGCAAGUUUUCAUUCAAGCCAAUGUAACACGGUCUUGCCAAAGAUUGGAAAAAUCACUAGCUUUGCAAAAAUUUAAAAGACUCAGAUAAUACUCAAAUUUGGAGCCCUAAUGAGGUAUGUAAACCUCAUGUCCACAGACUGUGUUACUGAAACCAGAGGGGUAAGAUGCUUGAAUAAGCCACCUGGGGCCGCCCACGGCUGCUCCUUGCAUGGGAGGUGACCACAUGUGGCCGCUUCUCUGGGGGACAGGACAGAAACUGGGGUAGGUUUGGCACAGCUGUAACCUCCAAGUCUGUGUUCAUUUAAAACUGACUGCCUUUGAUUGCAUUUGACAAAAACAUUGGUCCAUGAUUGAUUGGAAAUAAAAUAAUGAGGCUUUGAGAUCCGGGCUCCAACCUCCCUUCUAUUCUGGGCCCGUGUGAGGCUGGGGGUGGCCCGGGCAGGUGUCAGCAGCAGGAGUGUUUUCCGGGGUCCCCUUGGAGAACGUCUCUCAGCACAGCUUCUCCUGGAACACUGGCUCCAAGGCUCAGCAGCCUCCUCGCACCCCCUGGGUCCACACCUCGGACCUGUCUGCCGGCAUGGCCAGCCUGCCUCGUCGUCCCCCGCAGGCUGGUGCCUCAACAGGCGGUGUGUGGAUGCCACCGUCACCAUCAUGGGAGAGGCAGGUCCGCCCUGGAGCUGAUCCCCUGAUGAGGAAACAAAAACACAGAGAGGAGAAGGCACUCGUCCGAGGUCCCCUGCCAGACACUGGGGCCCAAAGCCUCUGCCUCUCCGAGCAGCAGGGGUCGGUCUGGGAUGGAUAUGGAGGCACAGGGCCUUGGAUGUGCCCAUGGAGCUGCUCGGCCAGUGGGGAGUUAGCCAGCAUUUUACAGGCAAAGCUGCAGAGCUGUGCUGGUGCCUCUGUGAAGAUGCUGAACAUUUCCAGGGACAAAUUGGAGCCUGAAGCCUCAGAGCUACCAACAAUGAAGGAAAGAAACAAACAUUCCGGAGCCACAGUGGAAGCUGAGGACAAGAGAAAGAGUCCUGGCUUCUGGGGGGCGUAAAAGCCAGAGGAGCCGAGGCCCUGGCCCACGCUCGGAAGCACCUGAGGCGCCGGCCCAGGCUCGGAAGCACUCUUUCGGCCUGGAGAUGUCGGCUGCAGCUCCCCAUGUGGCCUGUCCCCUCCCGCUGUCCAUUAAUCUUGCGCCGACACCCUCUUUAUGCUGCUGGAAAAAUCGAAACGCCAGGAGGCGGGAGGCGGGGAGAAUCCCUCAUCAGCAGCGUUUAUGGUAUUGACUUGCAUCUCAUUGACUGUGUCAACAAGCGCUUGGCAUCUACAUCUGGGAACAGCCUAUAAAAUUAGGAAAGCUGAGCGGCCAUUGAAAUCUCAUCACUUCGGAUUCACCAGCCACAUAGCCCUGAACAGGAAGAUGAAAAGUACCUUCUUCCCAGCGCUCGGCCAGCUCUGGGCCUGGUGAAGACGGCACAAAACCGCAGCCAUGAAACAAAAAGUGAAUAGAACUAGUCACCACUCAGGCCUGGGGCCUCAGCUGGAAAUGACCUUCAGAAUUCAACGGAGGAGCCUUUCGUAUGCGGGAGACGAAGAAGGAUGGGGCGUCAUUGUUCGAGCUUGAACACUGCACAAAGGACGAUCAGGAGGCAGCAAUGCGUGUGCGACCCGUGCCGGGCAGGGAGGGAGGUCCUCAAGAGGCCUCUGCGCGGGGUGGUGCCCUGUGUGCCUCUGGAAAUGAGGCAGAAUUUGUGGUGCCGUCGUGCCCGGUCUUCCUACCCACAGAAGAGUGGAUCAGGUUGGAAGUCAGUUUUCCAUUUCACAGGAGAGUGGGAGUAUGGCAAGAGACCCUCGGAAAUAGUGGAGUUUUGCUCCUGCACAAAAAUAAGACCCUGCUCUGCGGAUGUGAGUGAGCCAAGCAUGUCUGUGCUUCCGUCUAGAGGAGCCGGGAGCUCUGGUCGGCCCGGGUGUCUCGCAGCCUUGUGGCUGGCUCUGUCCACAGGGUCCACGAGCUGGAGAGGCACGGAUAAAAAUGCUUUUCCCCUGACAGAGCGUGUGUGGUGGGCUGACUACGGUUUAUCUGUGAGCACAGAGGUGUGGCCUGCUCCCCCCACAGGCGGUGACCCCGCAGAAGGGACACUUCCGCCCUGAUCUGUUUGCAGAGGACAAGGGCUGUCAUGCUCCUCUGAGGUUGAGACUUCAGCCAGCAAGGCAGCAGGGUAGAGCAGGGCUUCCGAGCCAGCCACACGGGGGUCGCUGGAAGCUUUGUGCUUUGCCGACCCUGUGACCCGAACAGCCAUCCACCUCUCCAAGCCCCAGCGUCCUCGUCUGUAAAGUGGGGUGAUAGUGGCUGCCUGACAUGAGUGAGACUCUUGUUUGCUAAGCACUGUCACGGGUGGGAAGCGAUUUCUUUCUGUGUUGGAGCGGCUUAUCCUAUCCC